AUGUUUACAGGAGAAAAAAUAAACACUACAGAAAAAAGAUCAGUUCUACACACAGCCUUAAGAGCCUAAAAAGACCAAAAUAUUAUAGUUGAAGGUAAAAAUAUAGUAUAAGAAGUGCAUUAAGUCCUCGAAAACAUUGAAAAAUUCGUCUCAAAACUAAGAUCUGGAGAAUUAAAAGGAUUAAGAGGAAAAAAUAUAAAAAAUAUAGUAGUAAUAGGAAUAGGUGGAUCUUAUUUAUCAAUUGAAUACGUAUAUUAAGCAUUAAGAACAAACCCUGAAUCAUAAAAAAAAUCAUAAGGAAGAAAACUUAUAUUUCUUGCAAAUGUAGAUCCUAUCGAUUUUGCGAGAGCUAUUGAAGACAUAAAUUCUGAAGAAACAAUGUUUGUUAUAAACUCAAAAACAUUUACCACUGCAGAAACAAUGUUAAAUGCUAGAACAUGUAGAAAUUGGUUAGUUGAAGAGCAUAAGAAACUUGGAGAAAUUUUAGAUUCAGAAGACUAAAUAAAAAAUUUAGUUAAUCAUCACAUGUGUGCUGCUUCUACGAACAUUACUGACACAUCCAAAUUCGGAAUUUCUGCAGAAAAAGUUUUCGGCUUUUGGGAUUGGGUAGGAGGUAGAUAUUCAGUCUGGAGUGCAAUCGGAAUGUUGCCUUUAUCAUUUGUUUUUGGUUAUGAUUACAUGGUAUAAUUUUUAGAAGGAGCUCAUGACAUUGAUAAUAAUUUUAUUAAUAAUAAAUAAGUAAGAAAAAAUUUACCCUUAUUACUAGGUUUAGUAGGAUUUUAUAAUACUGCGAUCAAAAAUUAUAAUUCAAGAGCUAUUUUACCUUAUUGCUAGGCUUUGUGUAAAUUUGUACCUCAUGUAUAAUAAUUAGAUAUGGAAUCUAAUGGAAAAAGAGUUAAUUUAAAAGGAGAAACCUUAGAUUAUUAAACUACAGUUGUUAAUUUUGGAGAACCAGGAACUAAUGGAUAACAUAGUUUUUAUUAAUUACUACAUCAAGGAAGAGAAAUUCCUUGCGAAUUCAUUGGAUACGCUAAAUCUUAAUAUCCCAUUAUGUUAAAUUCAGAAAUAGUAAGUAAUCACGAAGAAUUAAUGAGCAAUUUCUUUUCUUAACCUGAUGCACUAGCUUAUGGAAAAACAAUUGAAGAAUUAAAAAAUGAAAAAGUCCCUGAAGAACUUCUUGGACAUAAAUUCUUCCCAGGAGACAGACCAUCUUUAUCAUUUUUAUUUACAGAAUUAAAUCCUUAUACUUGUGGUUAAUUAUUGGCUUUAUACGAGCACAGAACAGCAGUUGAAGCUUUGAUUAAUGGGGAGUUGAAUUAGGAAAAGUUCUUGCAAAACAAAUUUAUAUAAUAAAGAUGA